AUGGCUGGCGAGCAAAAAUGCUCAGCGGAUAUCGAUCAGAUGAACAACUUCCAAACACCGAGUGACGAUAUGUCAGAACCGGUCGACGAUCGCACAAAACGCAUUGUGGCUGAGCUUCAGAAGCACUGGAUAACCGAAUACCACAAUUCUCGUGAAAGAGCGCUUGUCGAGUUGACUGAAAAGCUCCACCAAGAAUUCCUGUCGGAUCAGCAGAAGAUUCGUACUGAACUUCUUCAACAGUUCAAGGAUGAACUCGAACACACGAGAACUGAUUUGGAAUCGAAGUAUCGAGACCAAUUGAAGAGCGAAAACGCGAAAUUGACAGAGAAACAUCGUCGAGAGAUGAGCGAAGCAAAGAAGAAGCAGUGGCAAUCUACCACUGCUGCUGGAACACCGCGUACUGCAGUGUUGAAUGUCAACAGACUCACUGGCAAUCUCAUCGCAAAUUGUGCCGUCGCAAGAAGACCGUCGCUGCAACCACCGCUCCAACUUCCACCACCGGUGCCUAAUAACUCUUUAGCUAUCCGCGCCAACGAUGAAGUGUACGAAGGCCGUGCGUUCGUCCACAAUCAGCCGAUAGUCGAUGCAAUUGUAUUAAAAGUGUCGAAUCCGGUUCUGGAUGGUGUGAAGACGAGAAUCAUUCUCAGCAUUGCACUCAAAUUCUACGCAGAACUUCAGCAACAUGGAGCCGAUGAUUUAUUUCGAAGAAUCUACGGCGGACACAUGCGCGCGACACCCGAAUCCGGAUUCAAUGUGACGCUGGAAUACGAUUUGAGUGCUCUGCCUGACAAUACGUCAGAAUUGGUGCAGAAGGCGUCCGCAUUGAAGCGAAACUGUUUCGCAUCGGUCUUCGAGAAGUAUUUCGAAUUCCAGGAGGCUGGACAAGAAGGACACAAAAGGGCUGUGAUAAACUAUCGAGAGGAUGAGACAAUGUAUAUUGAAGCGAAGGCGGAUCGUGUCACCGUUAUCUUCAGUACGGUUUUCAAAGACGCCGACGAUGUGAUCAUUGGAAAAGUGUUCCUUCAGGAAUUCCGCGAAGGACGUAAAGCGAGUCAAACGGCGCCAGCGGUGCUCUAUUCACUCGGGGAGCCCCCGUUGGAGUUGAAGGAUUUGCCAGGAGCACGAGUUGGUGACAACGUUGGAUACAUAACGUUUGUACUGUUCCCGAGACACACCAACAAGAAGACCCGAGACAAUACGAUCGAUUUGAUUCAUUCAUUCCGUGACUACCUUCACUAUCAUAUCAAGUGCUCGAAAGUUUAUCUCCAUACCAGGAUGCGCGCGAAGACUACCGACAGAAUCGGCUCGUCCAGAAGUGAAAGAACUCAGUAA